AGUGACACAUUUGCUAAUGGUCUGUAUGUUUGAGAGGGUUUAAUGGCAGAGCUCUUUGCUUUGAAAACUAUUCAAAAUGAUGAAUGAGGAAGCAGCUCAGAAGAGUGAUGGUGGAGAGAAGUAUAAUGGCAGUAAUCAGAGGAAGAAAAGACCCAAGAAGUCUGACAGCAAUGCAAGCUUCCUCAGAGCUGCCCGAGCUGGCAAUCUGGAUAAAGUGGUGGAAUACCUAAAGGGAGGAAUAGACAUCAAUACAUGUAAUCAGAAUGGACUCAAUGCUCUGCACCUGGCUGCCAAAGAAGGCCACGUCGGCUUGGUUCAGGAAUUGCUGGAAAGAGGCUCUGCAGUGGACUCAGCUACUAAGAAAGGCAAUACUGCACUGCACAUUGCAUCCUUGGCUGGACAGGCUGAAGUUGUCAAAGUUCUAGUUAAGGAAAAAGCAAAUAUUAAUGCACAAUCGCAGAAUGGCUUCACUCCUUUGUACAUGGCAGCUCAAGAAAACCACAUUGAAGUGGUGAAAUAUCUUCUUGAAAAUGGAGCCAACCAGAGCACUGCUACUGAGGAUGGCUUCACUCCCCUCGCGGUUGCGCUGCAGCAAGGGCACAAUCAGGCAGUGGCUAUCCUCCUGGAGAAUGACACCAAGGGUAAAGUACGGUUGCCCGCACUGCACAUUGCUGCCCGGAAAGAUGACACUAAAUCAGCCGCACUUCUGCUCCAGAAUGAUCACAAUGCUGAUGUUCAGUCCAAGAUGAUGGUGAAUAGGACAACCGAGAGCGGCUUCACGCCUUUGCACAUAGCAGCACACUAUGGAAAUGUUAAUGUGGCAACACUUCUACUCAACCGAGGAGCUGUUGUGGAUUUCACAGCAAGGAAUGGAAUCACCCCACUGCAUGUGGCUUCCAAAAGGGGCAACACAAACAUGGUGAAGCUCUUGUUGGACCGUGGAGGGCAGAUCGAUGCCAAAACCAGGGAUGGUCUGACUCCACUGCAUUGCGCUGCACGAAGUGGACACGAUCAGGUCGUAGAGCUCCUCCUGGAACGAGGUGCCCCACUGCUUGCAAGGACCAAGAAUGGGCUCUCCCCGCUUCACAUGGCUGCCCAGGGUGAUCACGUGGAGUGCGUCAAACAUCUGCUCCAGCACAAAGCUCCUGUUGAUGAUGUCACAUUAGAUUACCUGACUUCCCUCCACGUUGCUGCACACUGUGGUCACUAUCGUGUCACCAAGCUCCUGCUGGACAAGAGAGCAAAUCCGAAUGCUCGUGCUCUGAAUGGUUUUACUCCACUGCACAUCGCUUGCAAGAAAAAUCGCAUUAAAGUCAUGGAACUGCUGGUGAAAUAUGGGGCUUCAAUCCAAGCUAUAACUGAGUCGGGCCUCACACCAAUACAUGUGGCUGCAUUUAUGGGCCAUUUGAACAUAGUUCUCCUUCUGCUGCAGAAUGGAGCCUCUCCGGAUGUCACUAACAUUCGAGGAGAGACUGCGUUGCACAUGGCAGCUCGAGCAGGACAAGUGGAAGUGGUUCGCUGCCUCCUAAGAAACGGUGCUUUGGUUGAUGCCCGUGCAAGGGAGGAACAGACUCCACUGCAUAUUGCCUCCCGCCUGGGUAAAACAGAAAUUGUACAGCUCCUGUUGCAACAUAUGGCUCACCCAGAUGCUGCCACCACUAAUGGUUAUACACCACUGCACAUCUCAGCUCGAGAAGGUCAACUGGACGUAGCAUCAGUUCUGUUGGAGGCGGGUGCUGCAAGCUCUUUGGCUACCAAGAAGGGCUUCACACCACUGCAUGUGGCAGCCAAAUAUGGAAGCCUGGAUGUAGCAAAACUCCUGUUGCAGCGCCGUGCGUCCCCUGAUUCAUCUGGAAAGAAUGGUCUCACCCCCCUCCAUGUUGCCGCUCAUUAUGACAACCAGAAGGUGGCGCUACUGUUGCUGGAGAAAGGUUCCUCUCCCCAUGCUACUGCCAAGAAUGGAUACACUCCUCUGCACAUCGCCGCUAAGAAGAAUCAGAUGCAGAUAGCCACGACUCUGCUAGAUUAUGGAGCAGAGACGAAUAUUUUGACCAAACAAGCAGUGACUCCACUUCACCUGGCCUCUCAGGAAGGUCAUGCAGACAUGGCGAACUUGCUUCUGGAAAAAGGAGCCAACAUUCAUGUGGCCACAAAGAGUGGACUUACAUCUUUACAUUUAGCUGCUCAAGAAGAUAAAGUGAAUGUAGCGGAUAUGCUGAUCAAACAUGGAGCAAACAAAGAUGCGCAGACUAAGCUAGGUUAUACUCCACUGAUUGUAGCUUGUCACUAUGGGAACAUCAAGAUGGUGAACUUUCUCCUAAAGCAGGGAGCGAACGUCAAUGCUAAGACAAAGAAUGGGUACACUCCUCUGCACCAAGCUGCUCAACAAGGUCAUACACACAUCAUCAACGUUCUUCUCCAACAUGGGGCCAAACCAAAUGCCAUCACUGCUAAUGGCAACACUGCCUUAGCGAUUGCUAGGCGUCUGGGAUACAUCUCAGUGGUCGAUACACUAAAGGUUGUAACUGAGGAAGUCAUUACCACCACAACGACUGUAACUGAGAAACACAAGCUCAAUGUACCUGAGACUAUGACUGAAGUUUUGGAUGUCUCUGAUGAGGAAGGUGAUGACACUAUGACAGGAGAUGGGGGAGAAUACCUUAGACCAGAAGACCUGAAAGAACUAGGUGAUGACUCUUUGCCCAGCAGCCAGUUCUUAGAUGGUAUGAACUAUUUGAGAUACAGCCUGGAAGGAGGCCGAUCUGACAGUCUGCGAUCCUUCAGUUCAGACAGGUCCCAUACCCUGAGCCACACCUCCUACAUGAGGGACAGCACCAUGAUUGAUGACACGGUUGUCAUCCCCAGCCACCAGGUAUCCACACUGGCUAAAGAAGGUGAGAGGACUUCGUAUCGCUUAAGCUGGAGUCCUGACAACCUGGACAAUGUUACUAUUUCUGCUAGCCCUAUUCAUUCUGGCCACUCCUCUCCAUGUUUUGACCAUGACAACAGCAGUUUUUUGGUCAGUUUCAUGGUGGAUGCUCGAGGUGGAGCUAUGCGGGGUUGCAGACACAACGGGCUUCGAAUCAUUAUCCCCCCUCGGAAAUGCACCGCUCCAACACGAGUCACCUGCAGGCUGGUCAAACGCCACAGACUGGCCACGAUGCCCCCUAUGGUUGAAGGAGAAGGUCUGGCCAGCCGUCUGAUUGAAGUAGGACCCUCCGGCGCUCAGUUCCUUGGUAAACUUCACCUGCCUACGGCUCCUCCCCCACUUAAUGAGGGAGAAAGUUUGGUCAGCCGAAUCCUUCAGCUGGGGCCUCCUGGGACCAAAUUUCUUGGGCCUGUGAUUGUCGAGAUCCCUCACUUUGCGGCUCUACGUGGGAAAGAAAGGGAACUGGUGAUCCUACGCAGUGAGAAUGGAGACAACUGGAAGGAACAUUUCUGUGAAUUUACAGAGGAUGAGCUGAAUGAAAUCCUAAAUGGGAUGGAUGAAGUCCUUGACACUCCUGAAGAGCUGGAGAAGAAACGCAUUUGCCGUAUCAUCACUCGGGACUUCCCACAAUACUUUGCAGUGGUAUCCCGUAUCAAGCAAGACAGUAACCUCAUUGGACCCGAGGGAGGUGUUCUGAGCAGUACAGUAGUACCUCAGGUCCAGGCUGUCUUUCCAGAAGGAGCACUAACUAAGCGUAUUCGCGUGGGUCUGCAGGCCCAACCUAUGCACAAUGAACUUAUAAGGAAGAUUUUAGGCAACAAAGCUACGUUCAGCCCUAUAGUUACAUUGGAACCCAGGAGAAGAAAAUUCCAUAAGCCAAUAACAAUGACUAUUCCAGUCCCAAAAGCUUCCAGUGAUGUAAUGAUUAAUGGGUAUGGGGGUGAAACGCCCACACUAAGACUACUGUGCAGUAUAACAGGCGGAACAACACCUGCUCAGUGGGAAGACAUUACAGGAACAACGCCAUUAACAUUUGUCAAUGAAUGUGUUUCCUUCACCACAAAUGUAUCUGCCAGGUUUUGGUUGAUAGACUGUAGACAGAUACAAGAAUCUGUUACAUUUGCUUCCCAAGUGUACAGAGAGAUUAUAUGCGUACCCUACAUGGCCAAAUUUGUAGUGUUUGCCAAAUCGCAUGAUCCCAUAGAAGCACGAUUAAGAUGUUUCUGCAUGACGGAUGAUAAGGUGGAUAAAACACUCGAACAACAAGAAAACUUUGCUGAAGUUGCUCGAAGCAGGGAUGUAGAGGUGCUAGAAGGAAAGCCCAUCUAUGUGGACUGCUUUGGAAAUCUAGUACCAUUAACAAAGAGUGGCCAGCAUCACAUAUUCAGUUUUUAUGCCUUCAAAGAAAAUAGGCUUCCACUGUUCGUCAAGGUUCGGGACACAACUCAAGAAUCCUGUGGACGCCUGUCAUUUAUGAAAGAACCUAAAUCUUCCAGAGGCCUCGUGCAUCAAGCCAUCUGCAAUCUGAACAUCACGUUACCAGUUUACACAAAGGAAUCAGAAUCAGAUCAAGAACAGGAAGAAGAGAUUGGUACAACAUCAGAAAAACAUCAACAAGAUGAUCAAGAGAGAACAGAGGAAAGACUAGCACAUAUUGCUGAUCAUCUUGGAUUCAGCUGGACAGAACUAGCAAGAGAACUGGAUUUCACAGAAGAACAAAUUCAUCAGAUCCGAAUUGAGAAUCCGAAUUCACUGCAGGACCAGAGUCAUGCACUGUUGAAAUAUUGGUUGGAAAGGGAUGGGAAACACGCUACUGAUUCAAGUCUUACAGAAUGUCUUACAAAAAUUAACCGCAUGGAUAUUGUUCAUCUAAUGGAGAGUAACGUGGAAACUUCCCGGGACCACGGUCGCACCUAUGCAGAAAUUGAACAGACAAUAGGACUGGAUCACAGUGAAGGGUUUUCUGCACUCCAUGAAGAUCUGUAUAGCACAAAAGAUAAAAAAGAAGAGGAGUGCUCUCUUUCUAAAGAUAGUGAGCAUUCUGAUCAGCCUCCUCUUGUGUCUGAAGAAGACCUUUCUGUUAGCUAUUCAUCCUUGCAUGAAGGCACACCCAGGGCUGAAGCAGAAAUAUCCAUUACAGAACUCCUACGACAAGCACACAAAGGUCGGAUAGAAGCUAAAUUCUCAGGGAAACCUCAUGAGCUGCCAGAAGAUGCAUCCGCUACGCAGGAAUACUUCGUUACAACGUCUGGCCAAGAUCAGACACAAGCAUCAAUGGGUGGAAGAGCAGCAAGCGUUGCCAGUGAAAAGUCUGAAUGCUCUACUGCAGGGUCUGAGGAACAUGAAAGGCCAUACCUUCAUACUCCUACAUCUAGUGAUAGGACUGAUUCCCCCAUUGUGCAGGAACCGGAGGAUCAUCACUUCCAUCAGGAAGAUCCAUAUCCUAGAAAAACUAGCCUGGUGAUUGUGGAAUCAACUGAUGAACACUCAGAAAGAUAUGAAGAAUUACUGGAAAAGGAGGUAGCAGAGGAAUUAGGUGAGCUGGAGGCCAGCUCAGAUGAGGAAGAGAUGGUAACAACCAGGGUCGUCCGUCGCCGGGUGAUUAUUCAGGCUGAUGAUAUGCCCGAAAUGCCACCAGAAGCUGUAACAGAAGAGCAAUAUACAGAUGAACAUGGUCAUAUUGUAGUGAAAAAGGUCACUAGAAAAAUCAUAAGGCGAUUCGUUUUACCAGAUGGCACAGAAAAGGAGGAAGUUGUCAUGCAAGGAGCACCCCAGGAGCCUGUGACAGUGGAAGAGGGAGAUGGAUACUCCAAAGUCAUAAAACGGGUUGUGCUGAAAAGUGACAGCGAGCAAUCCGAGGUGACUUUUUCUGAGCCGAGUGUUCUGUCUAGCACCUCAGAAUUUCAGUCUGAGCCAGUGGAAGGCCGGAAAGUCAGCAAAGUUGUGAAGACCACAUUAGUGCACGGCGAAAGACUGGAGAAGCACCACGGAGACUCUAGCUUAGCUGCUGAUCUUCCCUCAGCCAAAGAUGACUUUGAAGCGGACAACAAUGAGUAAAGCCAGUACACAGAAGAGGACUGUGGUUAAGGACCAGUUUGGAAAACGGAUUCAUGUGGAAGUGCUGGAGGAUGUUCCAGAAGCCCUCCCCCCGGAUGACCUUCAGCAUGACCUUCAGCAACUGCUAAAACA